AUGGGGUCCGCACUCAACCAAAUGUUUCCUCCUUCUCCCACUUUCACGGAUAAAACUUUGCAUAAUCAAGCUGGAAAGGUUUUUAUCAUUACUGGUGGAAGUUCGGGAGUUGGUCGGGAGCUCGCUGAGAUUCUUUUUCGAGCAGGGGGCAAGGUCUACAUAGCCGCACGAUCGGAAGUUAACGCCAAGAAGACAAUCGAUGAUAUCAAAUCUUCGUCUAUUUCGUCAAAUGUGGGAGAGCUAGAAUUUCUACACCUUGAACUCGAUGAUUUAAGCACAAUCAAAGCAUCGACUGACGCUUUCAUGAAGAAGGAAUCAAAGCUCGACGUUUUGUGGAACAAUGCUGCUGUAUCACUGCCUCCACUUGGAAGUGUUUCAAGGCAGGGCUACGAGCUUAUGAUGGCCACCAACUGUCUGGGUCCUCUACUCUUCACGCAGCUUCUUCUUCCAUCCUUGAAAGCCACUGCGGAAGUCACCAGCCCCGGAGCUGUUCGUAUUGUUUGGACCAGCUCUCAGUAUGUGGAUCUUCAAUCUCCAGAGGGUGGGCUGAUAAUGUCAGAGGUGACAACUCCAACAAAAGACAAGGCAAAAAACUACGGCACAUCAAAACUAGGCAAUUGGUUUUUGGGCAGCGAAAUGGCGCGGGAGGUCGGUCAGUAUGGUAUUGUCAGCAUAACGCAAAAUCCAGGCAACGUAAAGACAAACUUGAUGAGGCAUGCGAAGUGGAUGUACUAUGCUGCUUAUCCACUCCUGCACAAGGCAAAGAUGGGUGCGCUUACAGAGCUUUUUGCUGGGCUGUCUCUGGAUAUUUCGAUGGAGCAGAAUGGAGGGUAUGUGAUUCCUUGGGGGCGGAUUCAUGAAACCCCUCGCAAAGAUCUGUUCGUAUCAUUGAAAACUGUGGACGAAGGUGGUAAUGGGAGGGCCAAGGAAUUCUGGGAUUGGUGUGAAGAACAAAUUGCGAAAUACAAGUAA